AUGGUGAUAGCUAAAUUGUAUGCCAAUUCAUUAUCACAAGUAAUACAAAAACAGAAUCAAGAGACUGAUAUUAAUUGGUUAGUAUCAGAUCUUGACAUGAUAUCUAAUGAAGAAUCAUUGUGGAAUAUCUAUAAUUAUCAAGAAAAUAAACUAGAUAUAAAGCUUAAUUCUUUGUUAUGUAAUGGAUUAAAGAUUUGCUUUGUAUUUCAAAAUAAUGAUUUUGUUAAACAGUCUACUAGUAUUAAACGUAUACAAUAUAUUUGCAUAUUAUGUUUUAUGUCUAAAGGUAGAUAUUUAUUUGAACAAAGAGGACAAGGUGUUGUUUUACCUUUUGAUUGUACAGAUCAACAUUAUAAUAAUUCUUCAAAGUCUCUUCAAUUUUUAGCCAAAUGGAUAAAUAAUAUAUCCGAAUUUGAUGAAAAAAAUAUUCAACAUAUUCUUCUUGAUGAAAUUUUUAGAGAAAUUAUAGCUUUUUUUGAGAA